AUUGUUCAACAACAGCAAGAAUAGGAUACAACAAGUUCAACAACACCAAUUCCAUUUAAGCAGCACAACAACAAGAGUGUUUGAAGCCAAAAAAAAGAGUUCGGCAUGAAAUGGAAGCAGCUAUACGCUCCUCUUCAGUGCAGGUCGGUGCUCCGCCGCCCACAAAUAACACCACAAACGGUGCACAGCAGCAGCAGCAACAUCAACAGCAGCAGCAGCAACACCAACAGCAGCAGCAGCAGCAGCAACAACAGCAGCACCAGCAACACCAACAACACCAACAUCAGCUUCAACAACAGCAUCAACAAUCAACAGCAGCAACACCAACAACACCAACAGCAGCAGCAGCAACACCACCAGCAUCAGCAACAGCUUCAUCAUCAUCAUCAGCAGCAGCAGCAACAGCAGCAGCAGCAGCAACAACAGCAACAACAACAACAACAACGUGUUGCAAGCAGUAGCCUGCAACACCAGCAACAGCAACAUGAUAAUGGACCAACGUCCCAUCAUUUGCAUCAAUCAUCAGCCUCCAAUCAACAGCAGCAGCAACAAAGUAAAGCAGUGCAACAGCAACACCAACAACACCAAAAGCAACAACACCAACAACAACAGCAACAACAACAACAGCAGGCUGCCAAUAUGUCCGCGUAUCAGCAGCGUCUGCCAGCCGGUGCAUCAUCGAUUCACAGGGCCCUGGAGCAGUCGCAGCAGUAUGCCAAGAGUCUGGGACACCUGCAGCAGCAGCAGCAGUCACACCAUGCCCCACAGCAGCAACAGCAGCAGCAGCCACCACCCACAUCCCAGCAGCAGCAGAUGCACCACCACCAGCAGCAGCAGCAACAGCAGCAGCAGCAGCAGCAUCACCACCAGCAGCAGCAGCAGCAGUCGUCACGUACCGCGGCCAGUCCGUUGUCGCCUCCACGUUCGGGUCCACCCGGCGGCAGCAGCAGCGCGGCAGCAGCGGCCGCUGCAGCGGCGGCCGUCAAUAAUUACACAAAGUUUGGCGAGGCGCCGCCCCCGCCCCAGCAUAGGUUCAUUACGCAGCCGGCGUUUAGCAUCGCCCCGGCGCCCACCUACCGCGAGAAUCCCUACACGCGCCUCACCCAGAUGCAGCAGCAUCAGCAGGCGGCCAUGCCGGAGUACCAGCGGGCAGCUCGGGCGGCGGUGGCGGCAGUGGCUGCCGGCGCUGGCUGUAAGUCGGGAUCGGGACCAGGUCCAGGACAGGGCUCGAGCAGCGGCUCCAACACGGGCGGCGGUGGCAGCGGCGGAGUGGUUCAGGUGCCGUCCGGCGGGGUGCUGGUCAUGGAGGCCAUGUCCCACUAUCCCAAUCAGCCAGGAUCCUCCGUUUCCAGCCAACAGCAGCAGCAGCAACAGCAGCAGCAACAGCAGCAGCAGCAGCAGGGAGGAGGCAGCGGUGGCCCCGGAGCGGGCGCAGGCGGGGCUGGCAGCGGCGGAGGCAGCAUAAUGGUGGGCAAUCUAGGGCACAUCCUCAUGCCCCGCUCGCAGGCGCUGCAGUACACCAGCGAAUACCUAACCAAUGCCACAGCAGCAGCCGUGGCGGCGGUGCAGGUCAACCAGCGUCAACAGCAACAGCAGCAGCAGCAGCAACACCAGCAGCAGGCGGAACCCUUUGGGGCAGGCGGCGGCAGCCAGCAACCGUACAAGAAGCAGCGGCUGAGCGAUGGCAAUCCCAGUGGCCUGAAUCAUCUGCCAUCACCCCACCAGCAGCAGCAGCAGCAGCAGCAACACCACCAACAGCAGCAGCAACAUCACCAGCAGCAACAGCAGCAGCAGCAUCAUCAUCAGCAGCAGCAGCAUCACCACCAGCAGCAGCAGCAGCAGCAGCAGCAGCAGCAGCGAUCCUCGCCAGCGCAGAUGCAGGCGCAGAUGAACAGCAGCCAGCGGCAGAGCAAUCACGAGCUGCACCGCCACAUGGCAGCAGCAGCAGCGGCAGCAGGAGCUGCAGGUGGCGGCCCAAUGGGAAUGCAACUGAAGGUGGAGACGUUGCCGCCCCAAAUGUCCUCAGCGGCGUCGAACACGUCACGCAUGCCGCCCGCGUCCAGCACCACCACAAUGGCCACGGGCAUGGGCAUGGGCAUGGCCAUGGGCAUGAGCACGGUGACGGUGUCCACAGCAGUGCCGAGCAGCAGCAGCAGCAGCGGCAGCGGCAGCAGCGCUGGACCGUCCACAUCCGCAGCGGCAGCAGCAGCAGCGGCGGCAGCAGCUGGCAGCAGUACUGAGGCCUACCAUCCGCAGGUGGAGGCCAUCUCGCCGACGCUGCCCAGCGACAGUGCGGUCGAUGAGCGUGGCCGGACCACCGCCAAGGAGGAUUUGCUGAUGCAGAUCCAAAAGGUGGACAACGAGAUCAAGUCCGCGGAGACGGGCAUGGAGUCGCUGCGGAAGAAGGAGAAGACGCUCAUGGAGUGGGCGGCGCAUGCCAAGCAGAAGAAAGCUCAAACAACAGCAACAACAGCAGCAGCAGCAGCAGCAGCCGCCAACAACAACAACAACAGCAGCAGCAGCAGCAGCAACAAGGACAACAACAAGAGCGUGGAGCUGGAGGUGGUGGAUCUGUCGAUGCGCAGCCAAAUGCUGGCCGAAAAGAUUUACGCGGCGAACCGAGCGACGGCCCUGGAUCGACAUUCCAUGUUGCAGCGUGCCGCUGGCUGCGGGGAUCCGCAGCAGCAGCAGCAGCAGGAGGAGCAGCAGCAGGAGCAGCAGCAGCAGCAGCUGGAGGAGCCCUACAUGCCGCUGUACAACCAACCGCUGGAUGUGGAGUCGCUGGCAUUGCUGAUAAAGCACCACCACAGCCACGUGAAGACGCCGCUGCUGCAGCACAUACGCAAGAUCAAGGCGGAGCGGUGCCAGCACCAGCAGACGCUGGUCGACAAGUACGCCAAGGAUCAGGCGGACUGGCAGCGGCGCUGCGAGCGGGCGGAGGCGAGCGCCAAGCGCAAGGCGCGCGAGGCCAAGAACCGCGAGUUCUUCGAGAAGGUGUUCACGGAGCUGCGCAAGCAGCGGGAGGACAAGGAGCGCUUCAAUCGCGUGGGCUCGCGCAUCAAGUCGGAGGCGGACCUCGAGGAGAUCAUGGACGGGCUGCAGGAGCAGGCGCUCGAGGACAAGAAGAUGCGCUCGUACGCGGUCAUACCGCCGCUCAUGCACGACGCCCGGCAGCGCCACUGCGCGUACCACAACGAGAACGGCCUCAUCGAGGACAUGUCCACCGUGUACAAGCAGCACAACGCCGUCAACCUGUGGACGGCGGGCGAGAAGGAGACCUUCAAGGAGAAGUAUCUGCAGCACCCGAAGAACUUCGGCGUGAUAGCCGCCAGCCUCGACCGCAAGUCCCCGCAGGACUGCGUCCGCUACUACUACCUCAGCAAGAAGCAGGAGAACUACAAGCAGCUCCUGCGCAAGUCCCGCCAGCGCACGCGCAGCUCCCGCAACCCGGCCAAGGCCCAGGCCGCCCAGCCCCAGUGCAUCAUCGACUCGCUGACGACGGGCGUCACCACGCGGCUGCAGCGCGAGCAGCAGCAGAAGUCCGGCGGCCGCUCCUCGGCCAUUGCGGAGCGCGAGCGGGCCGAGCGGGCCGCCGAGCGGGAACGUGUCGCGGAGAAGGCCGCCGCCGAUGCGGCCAAGGCGGCCGAAAGUGCCGCCGAGAAGGCCAGCGCCGUCACGAAGGCUGUCGAGGCGACUGUCGUCAGCGAGAAGGUGGCCAAGGCGGCCGCCGCCGCCGCCUCCGCCGCUGCCGCUGCUGCAGCAGCUGCCACUACGGCGAUGCCCUCAACAUCAGCGGCGGCAGCAGCAGCACUGGCGGCAGCCGAAAAGGCAGAGCUGGCCGUGAAGGCCACCAGCGGGAGCAGCGAGAAGAAAGCAGCAGCAGGAGCAGCAGGAGCCACCGCCGCAUCAGAGAUCUCAACGGGCAGCAGCAGCAGCAGCAGUUCCACCAGCAGCAGUGAGGCCAAAGCCAAAGCAGCCACGGAAGGUGCACCAGCAGCGGCAACGGCAGCGGCAGCUGCCACAUCCACAACUUCAGCCACCAACUCCUCCUCCUCCUCCUCCGCAACAUCAGCAGCAACAGCAGCAGCGACAGCAGCGAAGCCCGCAAAGGGAGCCACUUCUGGGGCAGCUGUGGAGGCAGCAGCAGCAGCAGCAGCAGCGACUGCAAGCACAACCAAGAGCAAGGCAGAGGCUGCAGCGGCGGCCACGGUGGCUGCCGCCUCGUCCAAGGCGAAGGCGGAAGCUGUCUCCGAUGCGCAGACAAAGGCGGGCGGCCAGAAGGCGGCCAAGCCAGAGGCCUACAAUGCAAGCGGAGAACGCGCCAACACUGCUGGAGCAGGAGCAGGAGCAGCGGCAGCAGGAGCAGCCGCCACAGCAGGAGCCACCGCUGCAGCUGCAGCAGCACCCACUGUGGGCGUGACAUUAAAUGGCUUUAAGCCCGGCUACCAGAGCGUAGUGAUGGCCAACGUGAAGACUUCCUCCUCCUCCUCCUCCGCCGUGGUCGGCAGCAGCAGCGAAGAUGCGGCAGCUACAAGUGGAGCUGUAGCCGCAGCUGGAGCGCCUGGCGGUGCGGCGACGAAUGCGACGGGCGGCGAUAAAAUCGGCGUCAAGCAUGCGCCCGCAGCGACAGCAGCAGCCGCCGGCAGCGUUGGCUUUGCCCUGCCGCCCAGCUCGACAGCCCCAGCGGAGCAGCAUGCGGCCGUGGGCGUGGGCGUGGGCGUGCCCACAUUGACGACGGCCACCACGGCGGGCAAUUAUCUGGGCCAGAAGCUGAAGGCCGCCCAGGUGGAGGGCCUGGGCGCCGGCAACGAUCUGCUCACCGAUGUCAGUGAUUCCAAGCGAAAGCGUUACAGCGAGCUGACGGCCAACGAGGUGCAUCAUCCGCAUGGCAACAGCAACAGCAACAACAUCAAGGCGAAUGCCAAUGCGAAUGCCAAGGACAUCAGCAAGCUGCCAUCCUCAUCGUCGGCAUCCUCCUCCUCCUCCUCGUCCUCGUCCUCGUCGGCUGGAUCGAUGCCCACAGCUGGUUCGCUGGUUAAUGCUUCAACGGGCGCAGCUGCCACCUCGACUGCCGCUUUGCUCAUCUCCGCCGUCUCCUCCAUCAUGUCCACUUCGCCGGCGGGCGGUGCACUCACCACAUCGACCACGUCCACAGUUUCGGCAGCCGGAUCGAUGGCCGAUGGCAGCGGGAAUAACAUAACGUCCAACAACAUGGAUGGCCUAGCUCUGGAUGGCAAAGAUAAACUGGCCAACUGUUUUGUGUGCAAGGCGGAGGCUUGUCCAAGGACGCGUCCACUGAAGAAGGGACGCGGCCAGCAGUAUGGCAUCCCGGACGAGUCGAUACCGGCGGGCGCGCGGGUGUGCAACAGCUGCCAGUGCAAAUCGGUGCGGAAUCGCUACCCGAACUGCCCGUUGUCCACGUGCCCCAAUCCCAAGGAUCGGGCCCAGCGGCUGCGCAACAUACCGUCGCGUCUGUUCGAGCUGGCGCCCGAGGUGCGUGAUCCCGUGAUGGCCGAGUUCCAGAUACCGCCGCAUGCCACGCGCUGCUGCUCCGCCUGCCUCAUGCGCAUACGCCGUAAGCUCGAUCCCCAGCUGAAUCUCACGGACGCUGCCGGCGGUGGGGGCAGCGGCGGCGACGAGACAGAUGUCAGCACCUCGUCCUGCGACGAGCGGGAGCCUGGCGGCUCGGACACCGCCUCCGUGGAGAGUCCCGAGAAUCUGCAGCGACAUAAGCCACUGACCCUGAGCAAGCAGCAGCAACAGCAACAGCAGCAGCAGCAGCAACUACUUCACCAGCAACAGAAACCCUCGUCGGUGGGGAUGCGCGGCAUGGCCGAGCUGCCGCUCAUCAUAACACCCACGCGCAUGAGCUCCAAGUCAUCGGGAGCGGACAAUGAGCGGCUGCUGCCACCGGCAGCCGGACAGGCGCCCAAGAAGCAGAAGACCAGCGAGGAGUACGACUCCUCGGCCACGGAGACGGCUGACGAGGAGAAUGAGAACUCGCCGGCCAAUCGGCAGAGCCCCAAGGUGCUGUUCAAUGCGGCCCAUGCCCACGGACACGGACACGGACAUGUACACGGACACGGCCACGGACACGGACAUCCGCAUGCCCACGGCCAUGGGCAUGGGCACAGCCAUGGGCACGGCCACGGACAUGGACACGGUCAUGGCAGCAACAACGUGGGCGGACUGCAGCCACCAAAUGCUGCCGGGGGACUGGGCGUGGUAAUGGGAGGAGUGCCGCCCGGCAUGGCUCCCGGCAUGGCAGUGGGCGGACAGCAGCAGCAGCAGCAGCAACAGCCACAGCCGCCACCCAUGAACGGACCCAUCAGCAUGCGCCGCGAGGCAGUCAACAAUGUGCAGGAUUGUGUCUUCUCCGUGAUAGAACGAUCGCUGAAGAAGGUGCCAGAACGCAAGCAAUCCUCGCAGCAGCAGCAGCAGCAGCAGCAGCAGCAAUCCGCCACAGCUGGAGGUAUGCCAACCAGCCAGCAGCAGCAGCAAUCCUCUCAGCAGCAGCAGCAGCAGCCUCCACCCUCGCAGCAUCCAAACAAUUUGGAGCGCAAGGAGUUGACAAUUGUCCGGGAAUACCGACAGGAUGGGAACGCCGCUCUACUCAAGCAACAGCAGCAGCAGCAGCAGGCGGUCCCUGGCUCGCUGCCGCCUAGCGGCCUGCCACAUGGCACCUCCGUGCAGAAGCUGCCGUCGCGUCCAGCGGCUGUGCCGCCGCCCUCAUCCUCGAGCAGCAGCAGCAGCGGCUACGGCAACAGCACCAACAGCACCAGCAGCAACAGCAGCAGCGGCGGCAAUCUGGCCACCCUUUCCGUCGUGAACUCUGGCCAUUUGGGGGGCGUCGUCGGUGGAGUUGGUCCGCUGACACAUCCCGGACUUAUAGGCCAUCCCGCGGCCAGCGCUGUGGGCGCCAGUGUCGGGGACAAGGCCACCAUUACGCCCGUCGUGAAGAGCGGCCUGGGUGCCGGGCCCAAGUCCAGCCACUCGGCACCGCCGCCACCCGAGACGAUCAUCUACAAUGUGCCGACCAGCCACGGGCCGCCACCCACCCAUCCGCAGCGGGGAGUGCCGCCGCCGAGCCAGCAGGUGUCCGAUUCGGAGCCGCAAACACUCGAUCUGAGCAUCAAGAAGACGCCCAGGGACCGGGACCGGGACAGGGACAGGGACAGGGACGGUCACUCGCCCCACACGGGACCUGGCGGAUCGGGUGGCUCUGGUGGUCCCGGCGCUGGCUCGGAGCGUCACCUCGUGCCGCCGCCCUCCAUGUCCAGCACCAUGAAGCACAUUGUCCGCUCCACGGCCAUGUACCGCGGCGAGGCCGUCUCCGUGCCCAGCCUGGCCACGGCCGGCUCCUACAUGUACCAGCAGCCGCACGGCCCGCUCAAGGUAACGGGCGGCCUCGGCGUGGGACCGCUGGCCGGCACUGGGCCCGGCACGGGCAGCUCCAUCUACGUCCAGCCCGUACCCGUACCUGUGCCCAUCUCCAUCGGCCAGGGACAGAUGCCGCCGCGCUCCAGCCAGCCGCCGCCGCCAGCCCAGCCGCAGCAUCAGGCCCAGCCGCUGACCAGCGGUCGCGUGUCCUCGAAGGUGCAGCCCAAGCUGAGUCCGCAGCAGGCGCAUCACUUGCAUCCAGCGCAUACCCAGCAUGGGCCACACGGACCGCCCCAUCCGUCGCACCACCCAGCGCACCCGUCGCACCCCUCGCACGCCUCCCCCUCCCAGCAGCAGCAGCAGCAGCAGCAGCAGUUGCUGGUGAAGAGCGGCUCGAUCACGCACGGAACGCCGGCAAACAGCGCCCAGCAGCAGAUAAUUGUGCACGCGGCGACCUCCUCCUCGAUGCUCAGCCCCAAAUUCGAGAGCAUGGUGCGCCAGACGCCGCCGGGCGUGGUGUGUCCGCCGGACAGCGGCAAGCACGGCUCCAUCACGCAGGGCACGCCGCUGCAUCUGCCGCAGCAUCAUCUGGAGAGCAAGCGGGCGUACGACUUCUACAAGAGCUCGCAGCGCCACAGUCCCGCACAGGCGGGGCCCGGCUCUGGGCCGGGUGGGCCCGUGCCCGUGCCCGGGCCCGGGCAGCUGCCGCCACCGCCGCAGCAGUCCUCGCCGCAGGCGCCACCGCCGCAGGGCUACGGCGUCAGCGUGGGCUCGCCCUAUGCGCGCUCACCCUUCGGCAGCGUCGUGGAGCAGGCCCCGGUGCUGAGCUCGCGGCAGAUCGUGAUGCACGACUACAUCACCUCGCAGCAGAUGCAGGGCCAGCAGCAGCAGCGCAAUGUGUCCCGCGGCAGUGCCAGCGACAAGGACAAGGAGUCGCCGUCGCCGCGCAACAGCGUGGGCAGCAGCAGCGGCGGCUUUGCCUACGACAAGGAGCCAACGCCGCGCGGCAGGCCCGAGUACUCGAGUCGCGCCUCCCCAGCCGAUCAUGCCAACAGCACUCCCAGUCCGCAUCGCACGCCGCCGCCGCAGCGUCAGGGCGUCAUACAGCGCCACAACACGGGCUCCAAGCCCCCAUCGCCCGCUGCACCGCCGCGCAUGCACAUCGUGACGCCGUAUCAGUAUCCGCCAGCUGGCCACGAUGCGCUGGCCUCGUUCGUGGAUGUGGCCGUGCAGCAGCCGCAGCUGCCGGUGCCCUCGCAGAAGGGCGACAAGUCGCCGGGCUCCUCGCAGCCGGGCGGCGGUGGAGGGCCACCUGGUCCGGGUAAUCCGCAUGCCGGACCACCGGCACCGCCGCCACAUGCUGUGGCCGUGUCGCAGGUGCCGCCAGCGGCACAUCACGACAUGCGCUACCGCGAGCUGGCCAUGCACCAUCAGCAAAUGGCCGCAGUGGUGGCUGUGCACCAGCAGCAGCUGGUCCAGCAGCAGCAGUAUCGCCAGCACCACCUGAAUGCCGCUGCGGCCAUGCACCUGCAGCGCAGUGCGCGCGACCAGCGGCAGCAGCUGCAGCAGCACAAUCACGCCAUCGAGCGGGACCGGGAGCUGCUGCAGAACCAGGAGCGAAUGCAUCGCGAGCGGGACCGCGAGCGCGAGCGCGAACGGGAGCGCGAGCGAGAGCGUGAACGGGAGCGCGAACGAGAGCGAGAGCGGGAGCGCGAGCGGGAGCGCCGCGAGCAGGACAGGGAACGUCGCGUGGUGGCCGAGGAGCGGGAGCGCCGCAUGGAGCGGGAUCGCAUAUUCGCCAGCGGUGUGGUCAGUGCACCCGGACCCGGGGGCCCGCCACCGCCGGGACAUUACAUACGAGCGCCAGUGCCCGAGACAGGGCCACCACGAUCCAUACCCGAUCGGGAGAGAGAAUACUAUCGUCCGCCGCCACAUGCCAGCCAGCCGACAGAGGACACGCCCGGACAGCUGAGUGCCCAGAGCCUGAUCGAUGCCAUCAUCAAGCACGAGAUAAGUCGCACCAAUGACGCCACCGGGGCCACGGGUCGCGAGUUUCCACGCCCCUCAUUCGUAAGUCCACCCACAGCUGAAUCAAUUGAAAGUUCAGGGAGAAACUUGGUCCCGAACUAACAGCAACUUCUUCUGCCCAACCCACAGCAAUACCAUCGCCAGCCGCUGGAGCUGGCAGCGGAGAACAAUGGCAAGGCGAACUCCCAGUCGCCGAAUGUCAUCAACAUAGACCUGGAUCAGGAGCGACUCUCGGCAGCAGCUGCCGCAGCCACCGCAGCGAUCCAACAGCAGCAGCAACAGCAGCAGGGUCCUCCGCCGCAGCAGCAGCAGCAGCAGCAGUCGAGUCAGUCGAGAUCCGUUCAUGGAUCGAUGCGCGGACAGCCGCACACGCCCACAUCCCAGGCGCAGGGCCCUGGACCGGCGCCCAGCCCACAGCAGAUACACACGAAGAGCAUCACCUUCGGGGAGCUGACCGAUUCGAUCAUCACCAACGAUUACGUCUCCAAUCCGCACAUGCGACCCACGCCGCCCUUUAUGACCUACAUGGAGGGUCCGCCGCAGGCGAUGCUGCCGCCAGAUCGCUGGAAGCAGAACCGACGCAUGCAGCACAAGGCCGAGGAGGCGAAGCAUCAGGCGCAGCAGCAACAGCAGCAGCAGCAGCAUCACCACCAGCAGCAGCAGCAGCAGCAGCACCAACAGCAGCAGCAGCAGCAGCAGCAACACCACCAGCAACAGCAGCAGCAGCAGCAGCAGGGCAUGCCCGUUAGCGGGGCACCCAGUGUGGGUCCAGGCUCAGCCGGUGGUCCGCCUGGCGGCAGGGCCAACACGCCCGAGGAUGGACGCAACAUUAUCCGCAUGCCGCAGGCGGUCAGUCCCCGCAAGUACGCCCACGAGCUGAUGCUCCAUCAGGCGGCUGUGGUGGCCGCUGCCGGCGUGGAGCCCGGCCACUACUUCCUGCCCGGGCCCGGGUCGGUGGUGGGGCGCGUGGGCGUUCCGCCGCCACCCGAUCAGCGUGUGCCGGGCGGCGGCGGUGCCGGCGGCUCGGUGACGACCAUCGACAACUACGUGAAGAAUCGCAUCGCGGAGGUGAUGCGCGACGACAUCUAUGCCAAGAACCGCAUCGUGGAGGUGCGCUCGGACGAUGAUCCCGGCGAUCUGGUGGCCCAGUCGCAUGCGGCCGCAGCAGCGCACGCCGCACACAUGGCCCACGCGGCAGCCUUGGAGCACCAGCAGCAGCAGCAGCAGCAACGCAGCAAGGAUGCCCAGCAGCAGCAGCAGCCGCCGCCAUCGCAUGAGAUCAGCGUGUCCCGGAAGACGCCCAACCAGUACGAGGUGGUCGAUGGCAGCGGACGCCGCUCGGGCGGCGCUGGCUCCAACAGCCACCACCCGUCGGCGUACCAUCCGCCGCCGCCGGCCUUUGCGGCCAGCACCUACACCUACCCGUUCAGCGCAUUGACCGUGCCCAGCGCUGCGGGCGGGCUGCCACCGCCGCCGCAGGCCAUGCAGCUGGCGCACCAGCCAGCGCCGCCCAGCCACCUGAGCGCCAAAGCCAAGGCGGCGCACGCCCUGAGCGAGCUUGGGGGCGCGGGCGGGGGCGUCAGUCUAGUGGUGGGCGGCGGCGGAGCCGGCCUCGGACCCGGUGGCGUGGGCGGCCCGGGGGGCGGUGGCGGUGUCGGCGGACAGGGAGGCGGCUCCCUCGGUGCCAGCGUCUCAUCGGCCGCUGCGGCGGCCGCGGCAGCAGCAGCAGCGGCCAGCGAGCCGAAGCCUCUGCUGUCGUCCAAGUACGAGGCGCUCAGCGACGAAGAUUAGUUGUGACUGCAGGCGUCGUCGUCGGGUCUACGACAUCUGACGGCAGCAGCGACGGCGCCUCCAGCAGCAGCAUCAGCAGCGGCAGUCAAUCCCCUCAGCCCGCUGAGCCUGGUCUACGGCUACGGCUAUCGACGCCACCAUCCGCCCGUGCCGCCGGCGCACACGCAUCCGCACGCGCUGCCGCUACCGCUCCCGCUCACACAUCAGCACUCGCAUCCGCAUGCCCAGCAGCUGCCGCUGCCGCUGGCGCUAACAACGACGCAUCAGCAGGCAUCGCCGCGACAUCACUACCAGCCGACGGCGCUGCCGCCGCCACUGCAGUCGCAGCAGCAACAGCAACAGCAGCAGCAGCAACAGCAGCAACAGCAGCAACAACAUCAUCAUCACCAGCAGCAGGCGGCACAGGAGGCGGCGCAGCGAGCGCAUCAGCAAGCGCAUUUGG